AUGCACCCGAACGCCACGGCCCCGGCCGGGCCGCUGCACCCGCACCCCAGCGGCUAUGCCAACGCGUCCAACCGCUCCGACCUGCUCCCCAAAGUGCCCGACGAGGAGGACCUGGACGUCAACACCGACAUCUACUCCAAAGUGAUGGUGACCGUCAUCUACUUGGCUCUUUUCUUGGUCGGCACCGUGGGCAACUCCAUCACGGCGUACACGCUGGUGCGGAAGAAGUCGCUGCAGAACCUGCAGAGCACCGUGCACUACCACCUGGCCAGCCUCGCCUUCUCCGACCUCCUCAUCUUCCUCCUCUGCAUGCCCAUCGAGCUCUACAACUUCAUCUGGGUCCAUCACCCCUGGGCUUUCGGGGGGGCCGUUUGCAAGGGCUACUACUUCCUCCGGGACGCCUGCACCUAUGCCACGGCACUCAACAUCGCCAGCCUCAGCGUGGAGCGCUACAUGGCCAUCUGCCACCCCUUCAAAGCCAAGAGCAUCAUGUCCCGCAGCCGCACCAAGAAGUUCAUCAGCUGCAUCUGGAUCGCCUCCUUCCUGCUCGCCAUCCCCAUGAUCUUCACCAUGGGGCAGAUCUACGGCAAGGACCAGGAUCCCGACUCCCUCAUCUGCACCGCCAUCGUGGACACCUCCACGCUGAAGACGGUCAUCCAGGUCAAUACCUUCAUCUCCUUCGUGUUCCCCAUGGUGGUCAUUUCCGUGCUCAACACCAUCAUUGCCAACCAGCUGCUGGUGAUGUUCAAGCAGGCGGCCCAGGAGAACCAGGUGUGCACCAUUGGUGGCCAGCAGACCAUGCUCAGCAUGUCCAUGGAGCCCAGCAGAGUGCAAGCCCUGAAGCACGGCGUGAGGGUCCUGCGUGCUGUGGUGAUUGCCUUCGUGGUCUGCUGGCUCCCCUACCACAUACGGCGUCUCAUGUUCUGCUAUGUCCCCUCCAGCCACUGGACAGAUUUCCUGUACAACUUCUACCACUACUUCUACAUGUUGACAAACGUCCUCUUCUACGUCAGCUCAGCAAUCAACCCCAUCCUCUACAACCUGGUGUCGGCAAACUUCCGUCAGAUCUUCCUCUCCACACUCACCAUCCUGUGCCUGCCAUGGAGGAAGAAGAAGAAACGGCUGGCCUUCACCAGGAAAUCCAACAGCAUCUCCAGCAACCACACAUUUUCCAGCCAGGUCACAAGGGAAACUACAUACUGA